GUUCUGAACACGCAAACCGCACCAUAAAUUCUGUGCGCCGGAAGUACAUCGUCCUCUUCUAAGUGAUCCAACAUGGCGGACCAGGGUGAGAAGAAGGAGAACCCUAUGAAGGAGCUGCGCAUCCGCAAGCUCUGCCUGAACAUCUGUGUGGGUGAAAGCGGUGACAGACUGACCCGAGCUGCUAAAGUGCUGGAACAGCUCACGGGACAGACUCCUGUCUUCUCCAAGGCCCGCUAUACAGUGAGAUCCUUUGGUAUUCGUAGAAAUGAAAAGAUUGCAGUCCACUGCACUGUUCGUGGUGCCAAGGCUGAGGAGAUUCUCGAGAAGGGACUGAAGGUGCGUGAGUACGAGUUGAGAAAGAACAACUUUUCAGACACGGGAAACUUUGGCUUUGGUAUCCAAGAACACAUUGAUUUGGGCAUCAAGUAUGACCCCAGCAUUGGUAUCUACGGCUUGGACUUCUACGUGGUUCUUGGUAGACCCGGUUUCAGCAUUGCUGACAAGAAGAGGAAGACGGGCCGCAUUGGCGCCAAGCACCGUAUCCGCAAGGAGGAGGCUAUGCGCUGGUUCCAACAGAAGUAUGAUGGCAUCAUCCUCCCUGGGAAGUAAAGGACCACCUUUUUUGACUUUGCAACAAACACAAUAAAAGAAAAGGCCAAA